AUGGAAAAUCAAUUUGUAUCAUCUCCGAUAACUCUUACAAACCUACUGGUGGGCUCUCCGCCCCGCACGUUGGGACACGACGAGUCCUUACACGACCAACACGCGCAGCAGGCAGAUCAAAUCAUCGACGAAGACGAUAUAUACCGAGGUCCAGAUCCAAGGAGUCCGCAUCUGACGAGUCCAAACACUCAGCACGCUGGUCAAACGGCGUCAAGUAUCUCAUCCUCGAGCUCGUCAUCUUCAAGCUCAUCUGGCAUCGGUUUCAACAUUAUUCCAUCCGUUAUAGAGAGGUCCAUCACUCGAUGGGCCCGUGGGCGUGGCCUACGACGUCGUGGCUCGAUUUCUUCCUCGUCUUCGUCCUCAUCCAAUUCGGACACGACGAGUACAAAUUCCUCUAAUACCUCACAUCGUCAAAAGCGCAAGAAGCGAAGAAGACACUCGCCGUCCUCGAUUUACUCACAUGCAACGUCACUCACGACGCGAAGACAGAUGCGCGCAGCGUCGCGGGCACUGCCAAGAGAGUUUAUGCUCUUUCUUCCAUCGCAUCUGAGUUCUGGUCAGCCAAAGACUGGGCAGCUCGAAGAAAAGAAGAAUGGGAUAGAAGUUCGGACGACCUCUUUAAACCCCGGCCACCACGUUCUACAACAGGACGUCUCUGGUGGCUCCACCCCCAGAGCGGAUGUGGUGCCGCUCCCGGGACAAACUAGCGAGCGAAAGAGGAAGAAAGACAAUGGAUUACAUGUCGCGUUCGAUAUCCCUUCUGACCAUCUCGGAGACGUUACACCAAAAGGUGGCCCAGGUGCGAGAAAAGGGAGAGGACGCCCAAGAGAAGUGGCUCGUCAGUUCUUCCUCCAAGAGCCAAAAGGAGGCAUUCCGGCAGAUUUAACACCAUCAUCGUUUCAACCCUCAUGGUGGCUUGAAGUCGCGAGUCCGACCUGGGAUGACAUGCGGGCGCUGGGAAAGCUACUGCAACUUCAUCCACUCACGCUAGAGGAUAUUCUCCAAAAAGAGUCUCGCGAAAAAUUUGAGCUCUUUCCAAGACUCGGCUAUUACUUCAUCGUCUUUCGAGCAAUUGAACGACCGAAACCUGGACUCGUUCAUCAAACAGACUUUAAUGCAUCUAUGGAUGAUCUCCCGGAGCUCACAGAGGUGCUCGAAGUGACCAACGUCUAUUUGGUCGUCUUCCGAGAGGGCAUCUGCAUAUUCCACUUUGAGGACAUUUCGAUUCAUAUGAGCUCAAUUCGCAAGCGGAUCCAGCAACUUCAAUAUGAGGGAACCCUUCCCAUGGGAUCUGACUGGGUCGCGCACGGUGUUAUGGAUUCGAUUGUCGAUGCCUUUUUCCCGGUUCUCAACGAAAUUGAAAAAGAGGUAGAAAGAGUCGAGGAGCUUGUUACGGGUCUGGAUGAGCAAAAGGAUACGGAACAUCUUGCCAUUGACUCGCCAGAGGGUGGCUCUUCCGAGACGGCACUCAACGGUGAGUCAAACGCAAGCCCCGAUGCGGAGAAAAAGGGAUCAAGUCCUGAUCUCGUGGAGGAAAAGGAUGCGACCAGACACAUCAAGCUUUCGGCGAGGUCUAGGCGUCGAGGAAUGUGGAAGCAAGUUCGACGCGUCCUUGUUUGGUGUUGGCAGCGGAUUCGCCGCAAGAAGACGUUGGAAGACUCGACCUUGGCAAGAGAUAUGAGAAGACUGCGAAGGAUGACGGCUACUAGGCGGCUGGUGACCACCCUUGGUCGACUCCUCUCCUCUAAAUACGAGGUGGUAGCCCAAGUCCGCAAGAGGCUGGCAGGGCAAGAGGUGUCCAUAUACAUGGGCGAUGUUCAGGACCACAUCAUCACUCUCCUACAAUCACUCAGUCACUAUGAGCACUUGCUCUCGCACUCACACCCGGCCUAUCUCUCUCAUUUGCGAAUGUCCCUGUCCGAUGCCAAGGGCGGACUUGACGAGGCACUGUUGCUACUGGGCCUUGUGAGUCUGCUGGUUUUGUGCUCCCAGAGCAUUGCAUCUAUCGGAGGGAUGAAUGUGCAUGUGCCGAGGAGCGCGGAUUACAGUGCGUUUGGUGUGUUUGUGAGCGUUGCUGUGACGCUGUCGAUGAUUUCUCUUGGACUUGCUCGAUACUGGUUCGUCAAAGCCCAUGGAAAAGCCUCACGGAUGGAAGAGUUAUAG